AUGCUGCUAACCGAGUAUGAUAUACAGUACGUGACCCAGAAAGCAAUAAAAAGGAGUGUUCUGUCUGACUAUCUAGCCCACCUGCCUGUCGAAGGUUACCAACCGUUACAGUUUGACUUUCCAGAUGAAGACAUCAUGUUUAUCAGAGAUUUUACUAUGCUAGGCUUCAAGGUAAGCCCUGAGGAAGGCCCCAAACCAGGAUCGCGGUGGACACUCGUGUUCGACGGUGCUUCCAAUGCCCGAGGUCAUGAUAUAGGUGUUGUUAUCACUUCUCCAACUGGUUUCCACAUCCCCUUCACCGCUAGAUUAUGUUUUGACUGCACCAACAAUAUGGCAGAAUAUGAAGCAUGUAUCUACGGUUUAGAGGCGGCAAUCGAUUUGAGAAUCAAAAUCCUCGAGGUAUUCGGUUAUUCAACUCUGGUAAUCAUUCAGGUUAAAGGCGAUUGGGAGACUCGGGAUAGCAAGUUGAUACCCUAUAAAGAGCACAUCAGAAAACUGAUACCCUAUUUUGAUGAAAUCUCCGUUCAUCAUAUUUCUAGGGAAGAAAAUCAGUUAGCAGACACUCUAGCUACGUUGGCAUCUAUGUUCAAAGUCAAAUGGAAGAAUGAAGCACCAUCCAUCCAAAUUGACCACCUAGAUGAACCAGCACAUUGUCUAGCAAUUGAGGUCGAUCCUGACGAUAAGCCUUGGUUCUACGACAUAAAGACAUUUCUGGAGAAACAACAGUAUCCCGAGGGUAUGUCCAUUACCGAUAAGAAAGCUCUGAGAAGACUCUCUUCUAAGUUCUUCCUAAACGAUGGUGUAUUAUACAAGAGGAAUUAUGACUAUGUACUGCUCAGAUGUGUGGAUAGACACGAAGCUAGUACAAUCAUAAGAUCCAUACACGAAGGUUGCGAGGGUGUACAUGCGAAGGGUCCUACUAUGGCCAAGAAGAUUCUACGGGCUGUCCGCACGUCCAUUGGGGCAACUCCGUACUCUCCAGUUUAUGGGAUGGAGGUCUUCCUACCAAUCGAAGUUGAGAUUCCUUCACUCAGGGUCAUCAUGGAAGCAGAUCUUGAUGAAGCUGAAUGGGUUCAAUCUCGGUAUGACCAACUGAAUCUAAUUAAAGAGAAGCGUUUGAUGACCGUCUGUCAUGGUUAG